GGGCCGUGCCGCACGGAAGCCGCGGGGGCGGGGCGCGGAGGCGAUGGGGGGCGGCGGCGACCGGCGAUGAGCGGCGGGCGCGCGUGAGGAGCCGGCGGGCGAGGCUGGGGGGCCCCGGAGCGCGAGCCGCAGGGCGGAGGGCGGGGGCGCGAGCGCAGCGGGCGGCGGCGGCGAGGCGGCGGCCGAGAAGAUGGCGGACGGCGACAGCGGCAGCGAGCGCGGCGGUGGCGGCGGCGGCGGCGGCGGGCCCGGCGGCUUCCAGCCCGCGCCCCGCGGCGGCGGCGGCGGCGGUGGCGGGCCGGGCGGCGAGCAGGAGACGCAGGAGCUGGCCUCGAAGCGGCUGGACAUCCAGAACAAGCGCUUCUACCUGGACGUGAAGCAGAACGCCAAGGGCCGCUUCCUCAAGAUCGCCGAGGUGGGCGCGGGCGGCUCCAAGAGCCGCCUCACGCUGUCGAUGGCGGUGGCCGCCGAGUUCCGCGACUCGCUGGGCGACUUCAUCGAGCACUACGCGCAGCUGGGUCCCAGCAGCCCCGAGCAGCUGGCGGCGGGCGCCGAGGAGGGCGGCGGGCCGCGCCGCGCGCUCAAGAGCGAGUUCCUGGUGCGCGAGAACCGCAAGUACUACCUGGACCUCAAGGAGAACCAGCGCGGCCGCUUCCUGCGCAUCCGCCAGACGGUGAACCGCGGCGGCGGCGGCUUCGGCGGGGGGCCCGGGCCCGGCGGCCUGCAGAGCGGCCAGACCAUCGCGCUGCCCGCGCAGGGCCUCAUCGAGUUCCGCGACGCGCUCGCCAAGCUCAUCGACGACUACGGGGGCGACGAGGACGAGCUGGCCGGCGGCCCGGGAGGCGGCGCCGGCGGCCCCGGGGGCGGCCUGUACGGAGAGCUCCCGGAGGGCACCUCCAUCACCGUGGACUCGAAGCGCUUCUUCUUCGACGUCGGCUGCAACAAGUACGGGGUGUUCCUGCGAGUGAGCGAGGUGAAGCCGUCCUACCGCAAUGCCAUCACCGUGCCCUUCAAGGCCUGGGGCAAGUUUGGAGGCGCCUUCUGUCGGUAUGCAGAUGAAAUGAAAGAGAUCCAGGAGCGACAGAGGGAUAAGCUUUACGAGCGACGCGGCGGGGGCAGCGGUGGCGGCGACGAGUCGGAGGGUGAGGAAGUGGAUGAGGAUUGAAGCAGGCAGCUUCCCGUACCGGCCUCCCCCAACCCCACCACCAUCCCCUUGGCUAGAGAGCGCCCUUUCCUUCUCGUCCCCAGUGAGCUAGUGGAGAGGGAUCAGGGGAGGCCGCAGACGAAGAAAACAAAAAAAAAAAUAAAAUAAUAUAGUUAAGAGAAAUAACCAUAAGAAAACAGUCACAGACAAUUAGAGAAAAGCAGUUAAGUUCCAAGGAACUGCCAGCAACCUGCAAAGAGGAGCAGCAUCUCCUCACCUGCGCAAGAGUCUCAGCUUCUGUUGUUUAAAACCGAGGUUCGGAAAUUCAUCAGGAAAACACUGGAAGGGAUAGAUAGAUCUUCGAGCGUCUGGGACCAAAACCACACCUGGGUUACCCAGACUCAUGCAUUGGGAAUAGCUGAAUUUGUGUUCUUCCUGGGUAAUCUGGUCUUAGGAUCCCUCCAGGCCUCACUACUAUCAGCAUCUAUCCCUUCACCUCCAUCGAAAUCAGCAUUUUGGAUCUAGGUCUUAGUGGAAUCUUUGAGAAGAAAGAGGCCUUUUGCAGUUACCCAGUUCUGAGGGUACAGGUUUAUGAAAAGGAAUGCAACUUUACACAAUCAUGGACAGGGCAAGAGAAGAAUUCAAGAAGCCAUUGGAGAAUUCGAAAAUUAGAUCCAUUUAAAAAAAAUGGUUUUGCAUGGAACCUGGACCAAGGCCCCUGUCUUUUCUUUGCAGAAUUGUUUUCCGGGAUGCAAAUGAAUUCAGAGAUCAAAGCUUGAACUAGAAUCCAUUACUAAAAUAGUUUAAAAGUUGGCAAUUUUUUUUUUCAAAAACAAAAGCAUUUUUACAAUGGGGAUUGCUGAGGUGGGCACAAGAAGUCAGGCAUAAAGCACAAAGUGGACUGUUUGAGUGGAUUGGUUGCUGCUCAUUAAAGUUCUUCCCUUGAUCUCUUAAGUAUGGAGGUCUUUACCAAGAAAUGGCUUAGCAUGAGUGGGAGCUGAAUCCCAGUGGCUCCACCGUAUGAACCAGAGAAUUAUGGCUAAUUCGGCUGUUACAGCCACUGGCUGGCUGCAUUUUAAACCUUAAAACUUGACUAUCUGCAAAAAAGGAACAGUGUGGCUACAAGCCUGAGCUUUAAUGAAAUAGACAUCCUCACAGAGAAGUUGGAAAUAACAGAACUGAAGUCUUAAUUUACCUUCAGUUUAAUCUGUGGAUUUAUUGAAAUACUGACGAUCCUCAGGUCCAGAAUUCCAGCAUCAUUUAUUCUUUUAAAAUAAAUUUUUAAGAACUUGAUCCAUCUUAUUCAGUACCUCACAAUCAAAGUUGGCAAAUGAUGGAUGAAUGAUUCAAGCGUUGCACCCGGUAGAAGCUGAAUCCAUUUGUGAAUGGACUGAAGUGAACGCGAAUGCUGACUCUAUCCUGGAAGCAUUUUUAUACCAUCUUGAAAUUUCAACAAACUGGCACUUGCCGGUUUAUCCAGCUGUCUUUCAAGAAUAAAAGUUGGGGUUUUCAAGGAUCGCCUCUUCUAUAUUUUAAAUGGAUUUUCAGUAUAAAUGAUUUUUCUAAUCAAGUUAAUCCCACCCCAUCAAAAGGUAUUCCUAGAAAUGUCAUAGACCUAGGCAACUUUGAAUUGAAUGGGAGCUAAUGUUCUUUCCAAAGUUUUUCAGGUAUCUGUGUGACACCUUCUCAAGAACCAGGAGGCAAGUAACCCCACCUCCACUAUCUUAGUAUUUUUUUUAACUGCAUGCCUGCCCUUUAUUUGAGCUGCCUUUUUAAUUUAUUGCAUAUCCUUUUUAUUAUCUUAUUUUGGUAUUAUUCAAUCUAUACAAUCUUUUUGUAUUUAUUCGGAAAUAAGUAAUAUACAAAAAGGUCAUUUUUUGUGUCUGUGGCUGAGAGGGAGGGAAAUAUUUGUGUAUAUAAAAUUAGGCUUUGAAAAAAAAAAUAGACUGAUUCAGAAUAUUGUUGAUCUUAGACUUAAAAAUGGAAGAGCCACAAACAUUGGUGCCCUUACAGACUAUUUCUCUACUCUCAUCAUCCACAGUAGAAUUUUUAAACAGAUUUUUUUAAUGCUUUUCUUUUAAAUUUUUCUCCGUUGCAAAGAAUGUUUCCUAAAUUGUAUGGGAGCAAUAGUAUUUUUGAUGUUCUAAUGACAUCCGUAUACUUGUACUGUAUUUUGUACUACAAGGCAGCUGUUUUCAAUAAUGUCCUGCUGUAUUUACCUAUGUGUUUUGAGUGUUUGUUUCUUUGCUGCGGAGAACAAAUUCCUACUUUUAGUAAAGGAGCUGAGAAGCUAGCAUUAGGUUUGCAGAAACUGUUUACAGUUUCAAACUCUGAGGCAGCAAUGAAAAUUAAGGUUGCAGCUCUUCAUUGAUUGCUGUAACGUUUUCAUUUUGAAAUCAUGUACUAUUCCUGUGUAGACCAACUUGUUUUCUUGCUUCAGUGGUUCUGUUGCUCAGCUGCAGUGAGCCAGUUCAAUUUUGCAAAGGUGCAGUACCUCUCCUUUUCAAGGGGUUGGUUUUUGUUUUUUGUUUUUCUCUUUUCUUUUUAUUUGGCUGAAUUGCAGUAACUAGCCUUGCCUUUCUAUUCUGUAGAAAUGACAGGGUCUUCACAAUCCUUCACCAGUGGCUACUAAGCUAUAAUUAGCUGAAUAGAAAGAAUGUGGAAGUGGUCUGAGGCAUAUAGAGUAUAUGCCAAGAACACUACCAUAUAUGGCAUCAGCUUUGGUUACCAGAGAAAUUUUCUUAGUCAUUAGACCAUAUAACAGUAAUAUAUCAUAUGUAAAUCUUUAGAUUUCAAUUUGAGAAUCCUCCAAAAAAAGGAGCAAAGAAUGCAUAAGCUAUGUGUUGGCAAAAGUAAUUUAUAUUAAAAUUUUGACCUGCCUUUGUAAGAUUAAGUGGUAAAUGUCAUAGUGGUGGGUUUUUAUGUCUUAACCAAUCUCUGAGGUUUAUUUCUCCUGCAGGGGAUGGUUCAUGGCCUCUCUUCCCACUGUAGGAAGAUAGCAGAAGGAUGGGGGUUAAUUGUAGCAUUUCACUGACCCUCAUCCAGGGACUAGGGACAAUAGAAAUCUGCAAACAUGGAGAGUCAGUCAUAAAUACUAGCUUUUUGAAGGCAUUGUUGGUCUUUGUUGAUUUCUGUCAGAAAAUGGCAUUGUACAAAUUAUGGGAAGCAACCAACUUUUCUGUUCUGUUUUUGAAGUGCUACUAUGAACGAUUCAGAGUGGUAUUUUUUUUUUCUUUUAAAUUUGGCAGAUAGCCCAGCUAAUGAAAAAUAGUCACAUUCCUGAGAAGUUGGAGCUAAAACUCCAAAUUAUUGUUGAAAUACUUGUUUCUACUGUAUGUAGAAAUGUAUUUUUAAGAAAAUCAAAGAGGAAAAAAAAAUCUAUGCAGAGACCCUACUACUUUGUGGUUUCUAUUGUCCCUACACAUCAUUUCAGCAUGUCUAUAAUGGCAGUUCUUGUCAGCAAGUCCUUCAGUGCAUAUGCUGCACAAAACAAAACAUAAAUCUGCACGGCACCAAAAACCAAACAAAAGCAAACCAAAAACCCAGACACCCUAUGUAUCUGUUGGAGGCAUGUAGGUGGUACAAAUGACUGUAGCCAUGAGCACACAUGGCUUCUUGUCAUGUCACUUUCCAUAAUUAUUUACUGCAAAAUGAUUGAGAGGCUUUUGGUGCAGGCAGCCAUUAGCCUCCUGCUUCCUUUGUUACCCCUGGAUCACUUUGCAGUAAAUUGCAGGUCUUUUAAAAGAUUCAAGCUUCGGUUUUCUCAAAACAAAACAAUUAUCCUGUCUUACCUGAAAAUGCAGGGUUGUGGGCAAAAGAGGCUGGUUAUAAUAAUGCCCUCAUAUUGAGUGGUCUGUAAAUGGCUGCACACUUCAGGCACUAGAGUUGCUGAGGAUGCUUUGUUAAUGUGACCUUGACUGGCUUUACAGGCGUGUAGAACAGUCUACACGGGCGACUAUUUGCAUCCAUCUUGUUGUUGAGGUGGAUGAAAAUAAGGAAAGACUGGAGUGUGUAAGUCAUGCACAUAAGUAUUCACUGUAAAUUUUAUUUUCAUUUUUAACCCAAUUAUGGUACUUUGUCCAAUGCACAACUGAUCUCUCAGUAGAUAUUCAUUUGAAAAUAGUGUGGCCUUGCUCAGUGAGAAGGGGAAGAAGUGACUUAGACUUGUGUUAAGAUGACCUGUUGGCUGAGAGUGGUCGUUCUGCAGCACUCUUAAUGGCAAGUUUUGAUUAGGGAGAGUUAAUGUUUUUGACCCUGAAUUGAGUUUUCUUCUAUUUUUAGGAAGUAUCAGAAUUGCUCUGAUGAGUAACGAAGUUGACUGCUUUGAUGUCCAAUCUCAGGUUUUAAAAGAUAGUGGUAUAAAAGCCCACUGUUACUAAUUCUUAAGACAGUUUUGAUUUAGUAUCCCCUAAAAGUCACAUGCAUAAUAAGGCCUGUUCAAAGAGCAGAGCCUCCAUCUUUUUGCUCCUUUUCCAUGUUGUACUUCACUUGAAGAGGUGUCAAGUGACUUUGCAUUGUAUAUUUCCAUUUUAACCCUGACAUAGUUCUCAAAGAUAAAGCACUUUUUGAACAUGAAAUACAUGGAUAAUGUGUGAUGUGGAUCAUGGUUUCUCAGGCCCCUAGAUAAUCCACUUCUGAGUAUUGUUCUAUGUAAGGAGAGUGGAGAUCUUUGCUAAUGUUAGAAAGUUUGUAUUCUUGGUUAGAAUGCACUUGCUAGUUUCCAAUGGAUGGGAGAGUACACGAUGCUGCACUCACAGUUUAAUGAGUUGCUUUCCCUCAGCCUUAAGGGAACUUUUCUUUUCUGUCCACAACAGCACUGAAGUUUUAGUAAGUGAAUGAGAUUAUCUGUUUUCAGGGUUGGUUUUAGAGUACUGUAAAUUAAUUAGCUGUCUUCCUAAAGAGUCGUAACUCCCUUCAAUAGACUGAAUGGUGGGUGUGGGAGGGGGGAUAGGGAAGGGAGAGAGGUAGUUUGUAGAAAAGAAAAAAGAAAAAAAGAGCUACAUUUACCUUAAAAUACAGAGAAAAAAAGGAAAAAAAAGGUCCUGUCCUGUCCUGUUGGAAAUUUAAGAUGUAAGGUGGAAAUGGUGAAGUAUUUUAUUUCCCCUGCUUUUAAUUCAGAAGACCUAAGUUAUUUUAAAAUAUUAGCCCCCCCCCCAAUUUUAAGAGAUAGCUAGACUCAUAAAAGGUGAAUUUUAUAGAUAUAUGACUUUGCCAUUUAAAGUUACCUUUUUCAGUCUUCAAUUUUUAAACCUAGUUUCAUUACUGAAGUAUUUAAUAAAUUUGUAUGUGAACAAAUGGGAGCCAGUCAUCAAUUUUGAAACUUAAAUUUGGAAAAUGGAAAAAAAAAUAAAAUUGCACCAUAAAGAUUUAUUUCCGCAGUGAUUCCCAUUUGCUGUGUGUACUCCUGACCCAAAUUAAGGCCUUUAUGAAUGUAUUUUAUAUUUCCUAAUGAAAUAGGAAAUAGCCACCAAUGUAAUCACAUAACUACUUUUUCAUUUGAAAAGCAAAUGCCUCUUAAAUUAGACAUUCCAAUUGGAAUAGGUAGAGCCAUUUUAAAACAAUAGUAAAUGCCAUAUUUGUAGUUUCAGUAGGACUUCUAAUAAAGAGAACAGAUCUUUGUUAGAAGUUAAAGCCUUUUUGUGAUUUUAACACUUUGAAGAAGGAUUUUAACUAUAAACAUAAGGUUCUGUGAACAGAUUUUAUGCCCACUACAUUACUGUCCCCUGGCAUGGAUAAGAGGGAUCAUUUUUGUCCUCUAGUAAAUGGGUCUCAAGUUCUAGAGAGAAAACAGUAGUAGGCCUUGCUCAGUGUCCACCAUGAAGUGCAGAAGGCACAGGUGUGACCUUUCCCCACCUUCAGGAACUCUUCACUGGCUAACGUUUUCAACACAAUUUUUAUUUCUUAAAGGCAAAAUAUUUUGUGUCCUGUGUUGCAAGAUCACAAUGGUUAGUAAAAUCUUAGUAUUUGGAAAUAGAAUAAGCUUGUUUCUUCCCUUUUAAAAUGUCUGUCUCAGAAAUAUAAGUCCAGGAAAGUCCAAGAAAAUGAGCAGGGGCAUACUCUGAGCAUGGUGUAUGUGGGAAUUUGGAGGUUUUGUAAAACCCUUUUCUCCAAGCCCAUGUCACUAUCCAUUGAACCAAAGUCCUCAGGAGUCUGGAAAGUCGGGAGGUUGGGCCAAAAGUCUAGAAACUUGGCUGUAGGUCAGCGUGACACACUUUUUUACAGAGUCUGUGGUUUUGCAUAUUUUUUUGGCAGGCAAGUAUAUUUUAGUUAUUUUUCUGUGACCUUGAUAUUUGAAAUUAAGAUUGUCAGUGUAUUUGGACUUUUUUUUUCCCCUGAAGUUAGAACAGUUGUAUUAGGCAUUUACUCUUGUGAAUCUUUAUGCAGAUGUCUUACCAGUCUUGUGAAUAAAGUGCAGAUGACAUACUUUGUAUUGUAGGAAUCUCACUGCCCAUCCUGUCUGCCAGUGGCUCUGUUAGGCUAGGUUCUUCACUCCAAAGCUGGGACUUAAUGUCCUUCUAGUUGGGAAUCUUCAGAAGUAAUUUGAAUGAGUUCAAACCAAAUCUUGAUAGCAGGAGACAGCUUCCUGGUCUAGAUGUACAAUUAGCUUAGGUUGGAAUUAAAGAGGGUUUGGGAAUGUCUUUAGUCUCUGUGUAAAUACCAACGUGCUUAUUAUGCAUCGUAAACCAGUGUGUAUGCCUGUGUAUGGGUCUGUAGAGCUGGUUUCUGCUUCAAGUGAAGCUGCACCUUUGAUUUUAUAAGGUCCCCUCCACCCGGAACCCUAUAAACGUUUGUAAAUAGAACACUAAAAUUUGUAGCGAUAGGAUCAAUUUGGGAAAUAUCUGCUGAGAGACCAAAAAGUUCAUUUUUUUAAGUACCUUGGUUAAAGAGUAAAGAUUAUUCCUCUUAUUUUUUAAAAGAAGUAUGCACUUUAACAAACACAGCUGCAUGGGCAAUUCAAACAAAUCCAUGAAGUGCAGUACCCAUCCAGAAACCACACUUCCUGAAAACCGUUCAAAGCAGAGUCCAGACGGGCUGGUGAUCUCACUGCCUGUAGGUUGAAGCUCAGAUUCUGAUAAAUUGUGAGACAAGCAGGGCUGCUUCAAAGAGCAAUGUGAAUACAGCCAGAAGCUUCAGACAGGUCUGUAAAAUGGCGGGUCCCGUAUUUACCACUAACUAGCAAAACUGACAGAAAAACUCAUAGAAAUAAAGUUAAGAAUCCUUCCUGCUGGUGUGCACUCCUUCCAAUAGCAGACUUUUGCAAAUGGAGUUUUACAGUCUAUAUUUAAAAAAUUGUAUGUUUGUAACAAAUAAAGUAUGCGGAAAAGUGAAUGACA